AAAAGCGAGCCUCUGAAAGUGAUUAAAUUGCGUUGUCUGUCUUAAUUCCUCCAUCUUAGUCCCCUGUCAUUUGCAGACUCAUCUCUCUGGAUCGCUGAUAUUCAUUGAUCAACUUUGAAAGGUUACAUUUUUCUUUUAAAUAUUAUUUUCCUUAUUAAUUUUGUUGCUAAUCCAUUUCUGUGCAUGUUCACUACGCUAAGUUCAGAAAUGGGAGAUCGAUGCAAUUGCACAUGUUAAGGGAUUUGGUGGUGAAGACAUCAGUUAGAGUGAUUUGUUAUUUGCUUUUUAACCCUACUAUUUAUAACUUGAGGGAAACACGGGAAAAAAGGACCAGAAUGAAUAGUACACAGGUGCCAAAGAAAAGAGUGGCAUUUGUGCUGAUUGAUGGAUUGGCUGAUGUGUCACUGCCAAAGCUUGGAUACAAGACUCCUCUUCAGGCAGCAAAACUGCCCAACUUGGAUGCCAUAGCAUCUGCUGGAGUUAAUGGACUAAUGGACCCUGUUGAGGUUGGCUUAGCUUGUGGAAGUGACACUGCUCAUCUUUCCUUGUUGGGUUAUGAUCCCAGGGUUUAUUAUCGCGGCCGAGGAGCAUUUGAAUCCAUGGGGGCUGGAUUGGCCAUGUCACCUGGCGAUAUUGCUUUUAAGUCAAACUUUGCAACUCUCGAUGAGAAAACUGGAAUAGUCACCAGUAGGAGAGCUGACAGGCACUUUGAAGAAGAAGGCCCCAUCCUUUGUGCUGCCCUAGAUGGAUUGAAGCUGCCAUCUUUCCCUCAAUAUGAAGUCAGAGUCAGGUAUGCAACAGAACAUAGAUGUGGAGUAGUUGUUAAAGGACCAAAUCUGAGUGGAAAUAUAUCAGGAACAGACCCAUUGAAGGACAACCGCUUACUUUUGAAAGCAGAAGCUUUAGAUGAUUCUCAUGAAGCAAGGAACACUGCCGCUGUUGUUAAUGAGUUGUCCAAGGAAAUAACAAAAAUUUUGGUUUCUCAUCCAGUGAAUGCUAAACGUGCUGCAAAAGGGAAGAACAUAGCAAAUGUAGUCCUUUUAAGAGGCUGCGGCAUUCGAAUUGAGGUUACCCCAUUUUUAAAUAGACAUGGUUUGUGGCCAUGCAUGGUAGCUCCAACGAAAAUAAUUGCUGGCCUGGGCUUAUCACUUGGUAUUGAUAUUCUAGAUGCUCCUGGAGCAACUGGGGACUAUCGAACUUUACUAACAUCAAAAGCAUCAGCAAUAUCUAAGGCACUCUCAGCUCCUUUACAGUCCUGUCCCAGAGUUUUUGUACCUGGAGAGGAUGAGCUUAAAGCAGGCCGGUCAGAUGGCUAUGACUUUGGAUUUCUUCAUAUUAAGGCAAUAGAUGAUGCUGGCCAUGACAAAGCAAGCAUCCUCAAAGUCAAAGCAUUAGAAGCUGUAGAUAAAGCCUUGGGACAGCUGGCAAGGCUUCUAUGGGAAGCAGAAUCAACAGGAAAAUUUCAGUUUUUCCUUUGUGUCACAGGAGAUCACUCUACUCCAGUAGAAUAUGGAGAUCAUAGCUUUGAAUCGGUCCCGUUCGCAAUUUGCCGGUUGAAAGACUUUGUUGGUGCAAUUGGGGAAUCCACUAUUUCCAAAUCUUCUCUUGACCCAUUUCCUAUUCCAAGUGUUAAGUCGGGUGAAGACUUGCUUGAUGAUUUGGAAACAGAAGAGAGAGACAAAUGCUGUGAAGCUUAUAGUGGUGAUUCGGUUUAUGAGCUGAAUGAAGUGGCAGCUGCAAAGGGAUGUCUGGGGCGUUUCCCUGGGGGAGAAAUGAUGGGAAUUAUAAAGAAAUUCAUUAACUUAGAUGCGGGAACUGAUUAACUAAGGAAGCUAGGAGUUGUUAUGAGACUUUUUCUUUUCUCACUCUGAAAUCAAAGUGAUUUCAGUUUCAGGGUACAAAAAAUCAAAUUUUGAACUUUUGUACUAAGUGUAGAAUAAGAAGCUUUGUUCUCAAAAUAACUAUGUAAACUCAACUUAAAUAAAUUUCUCUGUUGUUUUUGCACUCUCGUAGGAGAGUCCUAAAGCUUGAUAUGAAUUCAAGAAAUUCUGAUGAGCUUCUGUUGUGUGACUUGA